UCAUAGACUCCGAGGAGAGAAUGCGAUUUCAAAUCGAGUUGGAGUUCGUCCAGUGUUUGGGAAAUCCUAAUUAUCUAAACUAUUUAGCCCAAAGAGGAUAUUUCAAGGAAAAGAAUUUCAUUAAUUAUAUCGAAUAUCUGCAGUACUGGAAGAGACCGGAAUACGCCAAAUAUCUCAAGUAUCCAAUGUGUUUGCAUUUCCUCGAACUCUUACAAUACGAACACUUCCGGCGAGAGUUGUCUCGAAGCGAGUGCUCGAAGUUCAUCGACGACCAAAUGCUUCUCCAUUGGCAGCACUACUCCAGAAAGAGGACACGACUUCUGCAACAAACCUCCAAUCAAUCGCAAGACAACGCUAAACAAUGAUAGCAUAGCUCUCAUGAUUAUUACUUUGAUAUUUUACUAUCACUUCAUUAAGGUUUACAUACUCAUUGUAUUUAUUUGUCAAAACUGGCGAUUUCUUGACCCAAAGUUUGGUAUUUUGUCAAUAAAUUAAUUACAUUCUCGUCGUC